GAAAAAUUAAGUACGUUGAAUGCUAGGAGCUUCAUCGACUGUCUUUAGAAUAAAUGGCCUUUCAUAUCACUCUCUCUCUCUCUAAAUUUUUCCCAUUAACAGAGAGAGAGAGAGAGGGAGAGAGAGAGAGAGACAAGAGGUUGAAGAAAGAAGGAGAAAGAGAUGGCGACUAACAACUACAUUGCUAAGCUUAUGGAAGAAAGUGACAACCCAGGAUUUUUCAAAGUUCUUAGAAAGGAAGAUCUAUCAUCUCAAACCAUGAGAGAGAUCCCUCAAGACUUCUUGAAAAGCAUCUCAGCCAAGGAGUUCUCGUUUAAGAUGGUCUUAAAGUUGCCAUGGGGAAGCUCAUGGCGAAUCGACCUCUCAAAAUACCAAAGCUUCUUCUACUACAUGGAGCAAAACGGAUGGGACCAGUUUUUGAGCGACAAUGGGUUAGGUGAUGACGAGCUUCUCACGUUCACGCACAAGGGUAACAUGUGCUUUAACGUAAGCAUCUACAAAACAGAUUGCGUCGAGAUACUUAGACCCAAAAGAUCUGCAACCAUUGCUUCUUCCAGUCGAAACAAGAGAGAAGAAGUGAACAAUGUGCUGGAGGAAGAGAGAGAGUCGUUGUCUGCAUCAAACUAUCCCGUCUCAGAAACAGCUGAGUCUACAGUAGGAGGAAGAUUGAAACAGAAACGUCAGCUUAUUAACUUGGGGAAGAAGCAAGUUAAGAAGGCUGAAAAAGCAAACAAGUGUAAAAAGAGGAAGAUGGAUACUGAAUCUGACGACUCUGAAGCUGGAACUUCGUCUCUUGUUUCAGAGUUUACACUCACCAUAAAGAAAUCAUACGUCCUGUUCUUGGGUGUCCCAAAGAGGUUUGCGGAGAUGCAUAUGCCAAAGGAGGAAACGGUGUUCAAAAUUCAUGAUCCAAAAGGGAAGAAGUCAUGGGAGGUUACGUAUGUGGUCUCUAAGAUACAGUCAAGAUUCUCUCGUGGAUGGCCUGGUUUGGUUAAAGAUUUUGGUUUAGAGGUCGGUGAUGUUUGCACCUUCGAGCUCAUUAAACCGACCGAAAUGAUUCUCACUGUCUCCAAAUAAGAGACUCCAUGUAGUUGAGAUGGUCUUAGUUAAUGUGUUACAAACCAAACCUUUAUGUUGUCUUGUCUGACGGUGGUGAUGUAGUUGAGAUGAUCUUAGUUACUUAAUGUUCUGUUAUCAACCAAAUCUUUAUGUCUGUAUCCAUUAGUUUCUUCUAUCCGGUUUGCAAUC